GAGAUAAGAGGAGGAAGAGGAGAAUGCGUGUGAUGGAGAGAUAGUGAGAGAAGAAAGAAGGAAUGCAGCGGAGGGAGGGAGGAAGGAGCAAUCUUGGGGAAGAAUUGAAGACAGAUCCCAUUUUUUUUCAAUUGGCAAGCAGAUGUUUUUGUGAAGUUCUCACUGUGAAGUAGUUGAAGAAGCAGGUUUUGUUUGGAGAUUCGAAGCCAUGGAGGCCAAUGCGGGCAUGGUUGCCGGAUCUUACAAGAGGAACGAGCUGGUGAUGAUUCGCCGGGAAGGGGAUUCGGCGCCAAAACCUUUGAAAAACCUAAACGGCCAAAUUUGUCAGAUCUGUGGUGACACUAUUGGCCUUAAUGAAAAAGGUGAUGUUUUUGUUGCCUGUAAUGAAUGUGCUUUCCCAGUCUGCCGACCUUGUUACGAGUAUGAAAGAAAGGAAGGGAAUAAAUGCUGUCCCCAGUGCAAGACCAGAUAUAAGAGACAUAUUGGAAGCCCUCGAGUUGAGGGUGAUGAUGAAGAGGAUGACGUUGAUGAUCUGGAUAAUGAGUUCAGUCACCCUAAAGCAACUAAUAAGGCAACAAAUCCUUGGUCGGGAGGCAGGGAAGAAGUUGUUGAACUCUCUUCAUCAUCUAGGCAUGAACCUUAUCAUCGCAUAUUAAGGCUAACUAGUGGGCAACAGUUUUCUGGAGAAAUGACUGAUGCCACACCUGAUAAUCUAUCUAUUCGGAGUCAAUCAGGUCCUUUGGGAUCCCAUGAAAAGCGCGGUCCUACAUAUCUCGAUCCUAGCUUGCCAGUUCCUGUAAGGAUUGUCGACCCAUCAAAGGAUUUGAACUCAUACGGGCUGGGAAGUGUUGACUGGAAGGAAAGAGUUGAGGGUUGGAAACUUAAGCAGGAUAAAAAUAUUAUGCAUGUACCUAGCAAAUACAUUGAUGGCAAAGGAGACAUUGAAGGAACUGGUUCAAAUGGUGAAGAUCUUCAAAUGGCUGAUGAUGCUCGCCAGCCUCUAAGCCGUGUAGUUCCUCUUCCAUCCAACCAGCUCAACCUUUACAGAUUAGUCAUCAUAUGUCGGCUCAUCAUCCUGUGCUUUUUCUUCCAGUAUCGAGUAACACAUCCGGUGCCCAAUGCUUACCCAUUGUGGCUAACAUCAGUUAUUUGCGAGUUUUGGUUUGCUGUAUCAUGGCUGCUGGAUCAAUUCCCAAAAUGGUAUCCAAUCAAUCGUGAAACAUAUCUGGACAGGCUUGCAUUAAGAUAUGAUAGGGAUGGAGAGCCUUCGCAGUUGGUUUCCAUUGAUGUUUUCGUCAGUACGGUGGACCCUCUUAAAGAACCCCCUCUCAUAACAGCCAACACUGUGCUUUCUAUUCUUGCGGUGGACUACCCCGUCGACAAGGUUUCAUGCUAUGUAUCAGAUGAUGGUUCUGCAAUGUUGACAUUUGAAGCGCUUUCAGAGACGGCAGAGUUUGCUAAGAAGUGGGUCCCAUUUUGCAAAAAACACAACAUUGAACCACGAGCGCCUGAAUUUUACUUCUCACAGAAGAUUGAUUACUUGAAAGACAAAAUCCAGCCUUCAUUUGUGAAAGAAAGGAGGGCAAUGAAGAGGGAAUAUGAGGAGUUCAAAGUGCGCAUAAAUGCUCUAGUAGCUAAAGCACAGAAAACCCCUGAAGAAGGCUGGACUAUGCAAGAUGGAACUUCUUGGCCUGGAAACAAUCCAAGAGAUCACCCUGGCAUGAUCCAGGUCUUUUUGGGACACAGUGGUGGACUUGAUGUAGAUGGUAAUGAGCUACCACGACUCGUUUAUGUUUCCCGUGAGAAGAGACCAGGCUUCCAACAUCACAAAAAAGCAGGUGCUAUGAAUGCGCUGAUUCGAGUAUCUGCUGUUCUAACAAACGGUGCAUUUCUUCUUAAUGUUGACUGUGACCAUUACUUCAACAACAGCAAAGCUCUUCGAGAAGCGAUGUGCUUCUUAAUGGAUCCAGCGCUAGGAAAAAAGACAUGUUAUGUUCAAUUUCCUCAGAGGUUUGAUGGCAUUGAUAUACAUGAUAGAUAUGCCAAUCGCAAUAUUGUAUUUUUUGAUAUCAACAUGAAAGGUUUAGAUGGCUUACAGGGCCCUGUCUAUGUGGGCACAGGAUGCUGUUUUAAUAGACAAGCCUUGUAUGGGUAUGAUCCUGUCUUGACUGAGGCUGACUUGGAACCUAAUAUAAUCAUUAAGAGCUGCUGUGGUUCAAGAAAGAAAGGAAAUGGUAUGAAUAAGAGCUAUAUUGAUAAAAAGCGGGCUCUUAAGAGGACUGAAUCUACUGUGCCCAUAUUUAAUACAGAAGACAUUGAAGAAGGUGUCGAAGGAUAUGAAGAGGAGAGGUCUCUGUUGAUGUCCCAGAAGAGACUGGAGAAGCGAUUUGGUCAAUCACCAAUUUUUAUUGCAUCCACAUUCAUGGAGCAGGGAGGCAUCCCAGCAUCUACCAAUCCAUCAUCACUACUUCAGGAGGCCAUCCAUGUUAUUAGCUGUGGGUAUGAGGAUAAAACUGAAUGGGGAAAAGAGAUUGGUUGGAUCUACGGCUCAGUCACUGAAGAUAUUUUGACUGGAUUUAAAAUGCAUGCUCGCGGAUGGAUAUCAAUCUAUUGCAUGCCACCACGCCCGGCGUUCAAAGGUUCCGCUCCGAUCAAUCUUUCUGAUCGCCUUAACCAAGUGCUUAGAUGGGCCCUGGGGUCAAUUGAAAUAUUGCUCAGCAGGCAUUGUCCCAUUUGGUAUGGUUAUCGUGGAAGGUUGAAGCUUCUGUCAAGGAUAUCAUAUAUCAACACCAUAGUUUAUCCUAUCACAUCCAUUCCACUAAUUGCCUAUUGUGUGCUCCCUGCCAUAUGCCUUCUAACAGGCAAAUUUAUCAUUCCUGAGAUAAGCAACUACGCUGGCAUGUGGUUCAUUCUCCUCUUUGCAUCUAUCUUUGCUACUGGAAUUCUCGAGCUGAAGUGGAGUGGCGUCGGAAUUGAGGACUGGUGGAGAAAUGAGCAAUUCUGGGUGAUUGGCGGCACCUCCGCUCAUCUUUUCGCCGUAUUUCAAGGGCUUCUUAAGGUACUUGCUGGUAUAGAUACAAACUUUACUGUCACAUCCAAAGCAUCGGAUGAAGACGGCGAGUUUUUUGAGCUCUAUGUUUUCAAAUGGACAAGCCUCCUUAUUCCUCCCACCACAGUCCUGGUUAUAAACAUGGUGGGGAUUGUUGCUGGUGUUUCCUAUGCCAUCAACAGUGGAUAUCAGUCUUGGGGUCCUCUCUUUGGAAAACUAUUCUUCUCAUUUUGGGUCAUUGUACAUCUCUAUCCUUUCCUCAAGGGUCUAUUGGGACGACAAAACCGAACACCCACCAUAGUCAUUGUGUGGUCGAUUCUUCUCGCGUCGAUAUUCUCGCUCUUGUGGGUGCGUAUCGAUCCCUUCACUUCCCCAUCACAGAAGGCUGCAGCUGCUGGACAAUGUGGCAUCAACUGCUGAUUCUUUAAUUCAAUGUCGAUACCAUAUAGAUGCUUUUGAGGAGAAAGACUGAACUUUUGCGAUAGAAAAAACAACAACUCCAAGCUGUUGGAGAAGGAAAUGUAGAACAAGUUUAAAGUCAUGUUUUCAUUUUGUGUAUUGUUAGACAUCUUGCAGUGGUGGAACAAAGUUUCCAUUUGAUAUUUGCUCUA